AUGAUGUUGAAACUGGGCGAGAGAAGAGCUGUGGGAGGAGAGAAGAAGGUUUCCGUCGACAGCUCCACCAGUAGCAGCAGCAGCAGCGGCAGGUUGGCGACGACGAUGAUGAAAAGAGGCGGCGGCGGCGGCGGUGGCGAGGCAGAGCUCUCGAAUCAUCAUCAACUCCCCUCCGCGACGUCAUAUUUGAGCCUCCACCAUCAGAACCACCAGCGUCAUCAGAAUCGGAAUCAGAGUCAGAAUCUUCACCACCACCACCACCACCAGAGCAGAGUUCCCCCUUCUCCACUGCGAUCCUCGCCGGAGUACUCCCCUUCCUCCGCCUCCUUCUCCACCCGUUCCUGCUCUUCCGACGACGCGUCGUCGCCGUAUCUGCACCACCACUCCUCCGCCGGGCAUUACCUCGACGGCCUCUCUCUGGAUCAUCAUAAUAAAUUCCCCUGUAACGAAUCCCACCCUGAAAUCAAUGCCAACAAGAUGGUGGAUGAACUGGGCUUGUCUCAAAAAUUCUAUAAAUUGAACGUGAGGGACCAACAGCCUGGACUACCUACCGCUACCAAAUUGAAAGGCGGAUUCGAGAUUGACACCGACCCGAACGGGUUCGGGUCUCGAGAUGGGUUUAAUCUCGGUGGAAACGCUGGACCCUAUAACACGGAAAACUAUGGGGUACUGUAUGGAGGUUUCAACAAUGGCGGCGGUUCUAGCUUUGAACCAUCGUCCCCUGGUGGAGGAGUCUCUUUCAGUUUCGACGGUACUGGUAACAAGUAUGCGUUCGCUGAUUUCAAUGGCGGGUACCCGAGUGGAGUUUACGAUUCCAUGGGUUCACUCGUCGCUCGGAAUCAGUUCAGUGAUCUCAUCCAGGGUGGUUAUACGGACGGCGAUUGGAGUAACCGGGAGAUUCCGCUUCCGCCGCCGACCAACCCAUCUCCGACGAGGCUCGGCGACGCCAUUGCUUGGUCGAAGCAGCAUGCCAUGAAUCCCAAUGGUUACUACAGCAGUCUCAGCAGCAAGGUCCCUGAGUUGGUACAGUCCAAGAUGGACGCUUGCAGAAAACGUUUGAUGUUGACAGAAUGGGCGAGAGCCAUGGCCAACAAUGGCGGUCGUCAACCCUUCACUAUGGGUUCGGCGGCAGAUGUCGAUGCUUUUGGCAGCGACGACCGUGGUUUGAUCGUUCAAGGGAAAAGUUUCAAUCAAUCCAGAAACUACACCAACAAGGCACGUGGUGAUUCGAGGAGAAGCAGCAGGAAGAGCUCCAUCACAGCUACAGAGAACCUCUGUUCCUUUCAUGGGGGAGCUGGGGUUUACGAGAAUGGUCAUCAGAGGCCAAGUGAUUACAGCCUGCUUCCACCACUGUCGAGCUUUCCCGGGGUUGAUUCUCCAUUUUGUCAGGUUCAGGGCCAUGUUUACUUGAUGGCUAAGGAUCAGAAUGGCUGCCGUUUUCUGCAGAGGAUUUUUGAUGAGGGAACUAGUAGGGAUGUGGUUAUGAUUUUCGAUGAGAUCGUCGACCAUGUUGUUGAGCUGUCACUGAAUCAGUUUGGCAAUUAUGUGAUUCAGAAGAUGUUGGAUGUUUGUGAUGAAGAGCAGAGGUUGCAGAUUGUGUUUGUGCUGACCAAAGAACCAGGGCAGCUUGUUAAGAUUAGCUUGAACACUUACGGGACGCGUGUUGUACAAAAGCUAGUUGAGACUCUCAACACAAGGCAUCAAAUUUCAUUGGUGGUGUUGGCUUUGAAGUCUGGUCUACGUGAUGUGGUUGAGGAUCAGAACGGGAAUCAUGUUGUGCAGAGUUGUUUGAAGUACCUGAGCAAUGACGAUAACAAGUUCAUCUUCGAUGCUGCUUCCAAGUUCUGUGUUGAGAUUGGAACCCACCAGCAUGGUUGUUGUGUGAUGCAAAAAUGCAUUGAUCACUUCAAGGGGAAAUAUCUGGAUAAGUUGGUCAGUGAGAUCGCUAAGCACGCUCUUCUCCUCUCUCAAGAUCCAUUUGGACGAGGUUUCGCUUUCGCCCCUCAUUCUGACUGGACUUUCUAUGCGUUGUGCAGAAACUAUGUGGUUCAACAUGUGAUAGAGCAAGAGAAGCCAGCGAUCACGGCGAAACUGCUGCCCCAAUUCGAAGGCCACUUUGUGCAACUCUCGAUGCAGAAAUGCAGCAGCAAUGUGGUGGAAAGGUGCCUCAAGCACUCGGAAGAAAGCAGGCCGAAGAUCAUCCACGAGCUGCUCUCCGUGUCUCACUUUGAUCAGCUUCUGCAAGAUCCAUUCGCCAACUAUGUCAUUCAAACCGCUCUCAUCUUCACCAAGGGUCCCCUCCAUUCUCUGCUGGUGGAUGCAAUUCGGCCGCAUUCAAGGCUGCGCACGAGCCCGUAUUGCAAGAGGAUCUUCACCAGAAACAUGCUGAAGAAAUGAUUGCUCGACGCCGCCGCAGGGGUUCUGCAAAAGCUUUUUCCUUUUUGCUCUUCUACUAAUAAAAUGCUACCUGUUUGUUCUAUCUUAAUUCUACGUUAAGCUACUGCUAUAUUACUACUGCCUUGGUGUAGAAUCAAUGUCUGUACGAAGUCGCGGCUGCUGGUGGUGGCCGCGAAGUUAGCUUACAUCCCCAUUCUGGAAGUUCCAGAAAUGGCUGGCCUCUCUAGUGUAAGCCACAGUUUUGAUUUAGGGUUCCAUUUUGUGCUGUGACGCCAUGGAUCGGUGUACUGUUUCUGGGUUUUGUUGUCAUGUUGUUGUUCAUCUAAAACUCUCAUCAGCCAAUGUACUUGUUUUGGUAUUAAUUUAGCACCAGAUUUUGCCGUCUUUCAUCUUCAAAAACAGAGAGUAAACAACAGAAAAUGGUUCAUUCUUAUUUCAAGAUCUAUAGCAGCAGCAGCCAUGGCUGAACCAAGAACUCACAACAGCAGCAGGGAAUCAACAAACACAAACGCAGCAGGAAACCAAACAGAAAUAGAUAGAACAACACACACAGAGGCCAUGGUGUUUUCCCCCUUUCUACUCAUCCUGCUCGCCAAGAAGAGCGAGGAGCAUGUUCUCGUAGUCGCCGCCGGUAUCCUUGGCAAUGGCUUUCGCCAGAGGGACGCUGUGCCUCCGCUGGUACUCUUCCUUGAUGACCUUCAGAUCCACCUCCGCCCUGGUCGCCACAACCCGAGUCAGCGCGCCUUCGUCCGUCCCCGUCUUGGCGAUCGCGCCAUGGAUGACCUCGACGAAGUAGUCCUCGGGGCGAGUCAGGCACUUGAUCGUCGACCUCAGCAGCCAGAGGAACUUAUCCUCGCCGCCGUCGUCCGAUUCGAGCGCCUUCCCGAUCUCGUGGCCGAAUUGCGCCUUGUACUCGUUCAGCGCGGCGUUGACCUGGGGUUUGCUCCUCGUGGAGAGGAUCCGCACCACCUCGUCGUCGGCGAACUGCUUGCCCUCGAACUUCUCGUGGAGGAUCUUGGCCUCCUGCUUGGCGAGGGUCAUGUUGACCGCGUCGCCGCCGCCGUCGUAGCGGUGGCAGGCGAUGAGGGAGAAGAGGAGCUUGCGGAAGUCGCCGGUGGUGCGGUGGGCGACGUCCUCCUCGAUCGACUUCUUGAAUCGGGCGUGGUAGGCGGCCUUGGCGUCGAGGAGCUGGGCGGAGGAUCUGGUGCAGGCGAGCUCCAUGAUGACCUGGUUGCUGGAGGUCCACUUCUUGGUGGCCUCGUGGGCCAGAACGGCGUCGCGCUCCCCAGGGGUGAGGGUCCAGAGGAGGACGGCGCGCUGGAAGUCGCUGGAGAGCUCGUCGUCGAGAUCCUUGAGCAGAUCCUCGCCGUAGGUGGAGCUGUAGACUUCUCUGAUCAGCUUCCGCUGGGCAGCGUUCCGGUGCGGCAGGAUCGAGAUGAUCAGCGCCUCGUUCGUCCCCCAUCCUGAUCGUUAAACACACACCGAAUCAAAAAAAAUCACGAUCAACGGACGAGAUAAUCUUGAGAUCUACCGACAAUAAAUUGAGAUAGAAGAAGUAACGACGGCGAUCUAAACGAUCGGAUCUGAAUAUCUGAUCGUCGGAAGAAGGGACCGUGCUAAUUGAUCCGUCGGAGAGAAGAAAGGAAAACAGAGAGGGACGGGGGAGGAUUAACGGGGGGAAGGGAAGGGGGAAACCUGAGAAUGCCUUGUGGAGCUGCUCGGAGUCUUCAGCGGCGUCGGGAACCUGGUGAGGAACAGUGAGAGUAGCCAUAUCGCUGCGAAAAUUUGUUUAUCUAAACGGUCGUCGUCGUCGUCGUCGUCGUCGAUGAUCU